AUGCAGCCUCCGAAGGCUCCCGCUCAGCCCUCCUGGCAGGAGCCCCCCACAGGCAGACAUCGCUCCAACAUGAGCAACAGUGUCAUGGGAGGUGAACCAUCCAAAGUUGAAGAACCUCCAAUGGAACCAUGGAGAGAAAUAAAUUGGAGAGACAACCAGAGCACUCUGCAGUAUGUGCAGAACUACAAACCUCAGACUGUAGGCCAGCAGCUCAGGAUUCUUCUUCAUGGUCCAGUUGGAGCUGGAAAAUCCAGUUUCAUCAACUCUGUCCACAGUGUCCUAAAUGGCAGAAUGUACGCACAGGCCCUGGUGGACAACGUCUCUCAUGACAGUUUCACUAAACAGUACACAACCUACCAGAUCCCCAAAAGAGGCCCAGAGACCUUCUAUCCGUUUGUCUUCAAUGACGUCAUGGGUCUAGAUCCACGUGGAGUUGCUCUUGUGGAGGACAUCAAACUGGCCAUGAUGGGACAUGUGAAGGAAGAUUACAGGUUCAGCCCUACAUCGGCGUUGUCAGAUGAUAAUACUCAUCAUUUCUACAACAACAAUCCAACUGACAACGACAAAGUUCAUGUUCUGGUUUGUGUCGUUCCUGCCAACACUGUGUCUCAAAUGAGAGCUGAAACUGUGCAGAAGAUUCGGAAAAUCAGGAUUGAAGCCAGUAAACUGAGGAUCCCUCAAGUGGCCAUUCUCACCAAAAUUGAUGAAGCGUGUCCUGAACUCAAAAACAAUUUGAAGAAGGUCUACAGGACUAAGUACCUGAAGGAAAAGAUGGAGGAGUUCAGUGCAGCUGUGGGAAUCCCCAUGAACUGCAUCUUCCCUGUGAAGAACUACCAUUCAGAAAUCGACCUCAAUAGUGACGUUGACUCACUGAUCCUGAGCGCCCUAAACAACAUCAUCAACUUUGGGGACGACUGCAUCAACUUCCACAAGAAUCGACCUGAAUGUUCAAAUACAAAAAGUAUCAGCAUGUCAAGGCUGCAGGAUCUUUAAGAGAAUCUUGUAAAUGACUUCACUGCUUUUUGCUCAUGGCACCAUGUUUGUUAUUUUAAGUUCAUGUAUCGCCCCUACUUUGAAAUUGUAGUGAGCUUAUUUGGUAUAAUUGCAAACUACUGGAUCUUUAAUUUAAAAUUAAGUUCUCUGACGAUAAACAAAGUUACCAACAUAGGCGUUUCUAGCCCAUUUUUGGGGGUGCUGAAGCACCCCUAAAUUGAAUCUCAGCACCCCUAAAAUUUGAGAGAUUUUUUUUUAUUUUUUAUUUUUUACUGUAUG